AUGCUUACUCAACGCGGUAUAUUCAAUCGGCAGCCACAUCACCUACCAGACAUACAACACAUAAACAGAUUAUCAACUGACAAUAGAGCAACAAUGUCAAAAAACAAUCAAUUGUCAGUUCGCGGUGAAAAUGCAUCCGCUGAUCAUCGGCACCUACAUGAAAAGAGACGUUCCCAUUCACAACUUGGCAUUAGAGAAAAUGUACGAUCGGCUUCACAACAUACACCACAUCCAACAUUAACGGCUUAUUGUGCACAUUGUAAACUCCCAUUAUUAAUUGAUGUUACAACGCAAGACACAACAAAUAAAUCUCGUGUAUUGUCUUCACGUAGUAGUCAACGUGUAUGCAACGGCUGCAAUGAAGAAAAGCCCAGAAGUGCCCGUACUGCAUCAAGUCGUUUGUAUAAAUCAGCAUCUGUUGAUUGGACCAAUGUAGGUGAUAAAAUUGAAACAUGGUUCGAAACUGCACGUACACCAGAACAACGGGUUGUUUACAAGUUUUUGGAAAAAAUAAAUAAUCAUGAACAAGAAAAACAACCGGAAAGACCAGUUGUUUCACCAGAAGGAAAAGGUCUUGAUGAAAUCUUGACAAAUCUAAAAAAAUAUCGUGCUCGCUUUAAUUCAUCUAAUCCUCAAAAACGUUUUCAACGUUCAUUUGAAUCAACAAGUUGGCGUGUUAUGCGUCAUCCAUCGACGUCACCUGGACAAUAUAGCCGUUUUAAUCCUGUUUAUGGUGAUGAUGCUUCACGAGAUUUUCGUAUUGGGACAACUUUUGCAACAACAGAACCAAGAAUUGGUUCAACAUUUUUAUUACAUCCUGGUUGGGUUUAA